AAAUAAACAAAUAAUUUAAAUAAAAAGUCCUUUUUUUUAAUUAUUUUUUAUUUUUAAUUUUCCGCCAUUUUCAAUAGCGAAAGAAACAGUAACAGUUGCUGUGGUUUUUUCUGUUUUUGUUUCUGAGAGACUGAUACUUCUCGUGAUUUGCAUUUCAACUUUUCCCCUCUCUCUCUCUCUCUCUCUUUCUCUUUCUCUCUCUUCAUUCACUCUCCGCUCCAACCUCCCCUAAAACGUUCACAGAAAAGAUGAAAAGUAAAUAUAAAUGUUAAUUUUUAAUACAUUAAAGUAUUUUUAAUCUUCCUCUUUCGAACCCUAAAGUUUCUUAUCACUCUGUUUGGUUUCCUGGAAAGUUUCUUUUUUAUUUUUUCUGCUGCUUUUUUUUUUUUUUUUUGGCUUGGAGUUUUUUCCGAGUUUUCUGGACGUGCUUCCCGAUCUCGUCUUUCUGCAAGCAUGGAAGGAUAUGGAUGCUUCAUUUUGAAAUCAGUAGAGGGAUCUUAAAGGGUCAUUCAAAUCGGCAAAUCAGUAUGAUUGAAGAGAAGUUGAAUGGAUAUGUAGUGUGGUUUCUUAUUUCUGUGUUCCUCUGUCUCCAUAGUGCUUCUUCAGAAAUGGGCUAGUACAAAUUUUCAGGCUUCUUUCUACAUUCUGCCUUUUUUGUUUUUUUCUACAUGAUUCAAGCAAAGAUGAGUAUGUUGCACAGUACAUGUGAAAUUGUUGAAUCCACAGAAGAACUAAGUUCUCAGUCAAAAAUGGAUGAGUAUGCUGGAAAACAGUCUACAUCAGAAAUUGGAAAAAAGUAUUCAAUAGAGGAUGAUAUUAACAGUCUCUUUCAGGCAAUUGAAAUUAGAAACUCAGCUAGGAAUUCAGGCUUGUCACGGGAAGCAGGUAAAGAUCCCUUGCGAAAAAGUGCUAUGAAAAGGCCAAUUCGAGUAAGCUCAUCACAAGCAUCGGGAAUUGGAAUAUCGGAGCCUGUAAGUUUGAAGCAAGCAUUGAGAGGAUUAUGCAUCUCUCAGGCAUCAGAGAUGGCCGCUAUGAAGCGAUUAUCAAAGCCAUCUGGUUCAUCAGGGGUCUCGGAAGCAGGAACUAUUAAGAGGUUGUACAAGGCAGUGGUGGCUGAGGCCAAUGGAUCUGGACUUCCAAUGAAUGAAGGUAAAGGGAAUUUAGUAGAAAUCUCUCUAGUUCCAGAUACAUCAAAACUAUCAGAUAAGAUAGGCGAAUCAGCAUCAUUAACUAGGGCAGAUUUACCAAAUCCGAAGGCUCAACUUUAUUCUGCUAUGGUUAAUGUACCGACACCAGAGGCAGUGAUGGCAAAUUCACCUCCAGAGGAUCAUGAUGAGAUUGCUCCCCUGCCCACAGAGAAGAGUGAGAUUAAUGGGAUUAGGAAACUGGAAUCUGCAGAUUCUUCGUUAAUUGCUCAUGCCAGUGGGAAGUCUGUCCUGGCUGAUGAAGUGGCUUCCACCUCAGUUGAGGUUCCAACUAAUUCACCAAAUUCAGAAAAGGGCCAGAAAGGUAAGUUGCAUUAUACUGCUUCUUUAUCAGGUUUUUACACCGGCAGUAAGGGCAGCAAGUCCUUUUGCAGUAGUCCUCGUUUAAUCAAACCCAUCUUCAAGAACAGGAACUUUCUUAAAAACAAAGUGAAAGAGGAUUCUAGUUGUGCCUCCUCUAGUUCCAAUCUGCAUGAUGGAAAUAUUGAGAAUGAUUUAAAUCCCUGUGUGAGUAAUUUGGAGAACCAAACGCAGAACUGUAAUUCAAAGCAUGAAACGGAAGAACAUGAGAAAGCAUCACCAGCCUCGGGUAGUACAAAUAUUAGCUUUGAAGUAAAUUCAAGUACUGUGGACACAAGUUCAAGCAAACCAGAUAUCAGUUUGAAUUGCAGCAAUGGAACUAAAUCUCUAGUGAGGAAGGCUGAAGAGAGAUCAAGAUCAAGGGAGAAAGGGGAGUUCUCUCAAAGCUCAAAAAGUAGCAUUGGAGACUAUAGCAGUUGUACAAGCACUAGUGAAGAAAGCAGUUUGAGUGGGUCUAGUCGUAGUGGAAAGAGACCUCACAUGUCAAAAGAUUUGAGGUGGGAAGCCAUCCACCAUAUUCAGAAGAAACAUGGAAGUUUGGGUUUGAGACACUUUAAGUUACUAAGGAGGCUUGGUUGUGGAGACAUUGGGACUGUUUAUCUUGCUGAGCUGACUGGGACAAACUGCCUAUUUGCAUUAAAAGUGAUGGACAAUGAAUUUUUGGUAUCUAGGAAAAAAAUGCUUAGGGCCCAAACCGAAAGAGAGAUACUACAAAUGCUAGAUCAUCCUUUUCUCCCUACUUUGUUUGCACAUUUUGUGUCGGAUAAACUCUCAUGCUUGGUCAUGGAGUAUUGUCCAGGUGGAGAUUUGCAUGUGUUGCGGCAAAAGCAACCUACUAGGAGUUUCUCUGAACAAGCGGCCAGGUUUUAUGUUGCUGAGGUACUUCUUGCGUUGGAGUAUUUACAUAUGCUAGGAGUUGUUUAUCGAGACUUGAAACCAGAAAACAUCCUGGUUCGAGAAGAUGGACACAUCAUGCUCUCGGAUUUUGACUUGUCGCUCAGAUGUGCUGUCAAUCCAAUGCUAGUUAAAUCAUCAUCUCCUGUCAUAGAACCUGCAAAAAAGAUGUCAAGCCCAUGCACUGAAUCUAGCUGCAUAGACCCAUUCUGCCUCCAACCAUCCUGGCAGGUCUCCUGCUUCACUCCCAGACUUUUAUCUGCUGCAGCAAAGUCUCGGAAAAUAAAAUCUGAGCUUGCUGCCCAGGUUAGCCCACUGCCACAGCUUGUAGUGGAACCAACCAGUGCCCGGUCGAACUCAUUUGUCGGAACCCAUGAAUACCUAGCUCCAGAAAUCAUUAAAGGUGAGGGUCAUGGGAGUGCUGUUGAUUGGUGGACAUUUGGGAUCUUUCUGUUUGAGCUGUUAUAUGGCAAAACACCUUUCAAAGGUUCGGGAAAUGAUGAUACAUUAGCCAAUGUUGUUUCAAAGAGUCUCAAGUUCCCAAAUAGCCCUUUAGUUAGUUUUCAUGCAAGAGAUCUGAUCAGAGGCCUCUUAGUAAAGGAGCCUGAAAAUCGGUUAGGAUCGGUGAAAGGAGCUGCAGAGAUCAAGCAGCACUCUUUCUUUGAAGGCCUUAAUUGGGCAUUGAUACGGUGUGCAAUACCGCCAGAGCUGCCCAAGUUUUAUGAUCUUGGAGCUGGUGCAGCAUCUUCUUCACAGAAACAGGAGAGCGCAAAAAGUAAGGACUUGGAAGGUACAGGAGAGAAUGUAGAGUUUGAUCUGUUUUAGCUAAAAUUAAUCUUUUCUAAACUUUCUUAUCCACGUUUUUUAACCGAAAGUAUAGUUUAUAGUGUAAAUGUAAUUCAAAUAUUGGUGACUAGUUAUAGAGUAUGAUAUAAUACCGAAACAGUAACUGAGAGUUCAAACGGGAAUCGAAAUAGCAUAUAUCUUUUCUGUCUGAUAAA